AUGGCGAGCGCAGAACCUGCAUGGCCAAAAUAUAUUGGCAACUACUUGCUUGGGAGGAAGCUGGGAUCGGGCGUAUCGGGCUCGACUUUCCAAGCGACUCACGUCCACACUGGCAUGGUGGUCGCGUUGAAACUUCAACCACUCAGCAUCUCCUACGCGACCAAUGACUACGAACGCGCCGUAUAUCCUCUCAUACAGGGUGGAGAGGGUAUGCCUACGCUGUGGGCUCAUGGACGCAUCGGUCAAUGGGACUACCUCGCGAUGGACUUGCUCGGCGCCAGUCUGCAGGGACUAUUUCGUGAGGCUAACGCGGAGACUAUGGAUAUGCGCAGUGUACUUUCUAUGGCAGUUCAAAUUAUUACGCGCUUGGAGUUCAUGCAUUCGCGCGGUAUUCUGCAUCGGGACGUCCAGCUAGGCAAUACUGUUCUCGGACUACCGCCAAACCAGACGCUCUUGUAUAUGAUCGACUUCGGGUUCUCCGAGAAGUACGUGAACAGCAAGGGCAAACACAUCCGCAACCGCCAACAACCGGACUUUAUCGGCAACUACUGGUUCUCGAGCGUCAACGUGCAUUGUCGCGGGAAGACAACAUCACGACGAGACGAUCUGGAAUCUCUCGCACUCGUGCUUAUCCACAUCCUAACACCGGGCGGUCUUCCAUGGACGCGAAACGGCGUACCACGCGACGACGCCGAACACGACCGUUUGAAACGUUGCAAGCGCGACUCUCGGCCAGAAGACCUGUGCGACGGCCUGCCCGAGGAGUUCGCCGCGUUCUUGCACUACUGCCGCGGACUCCAAUUCGCCGCACAGCCGGACUAUGCGCGCUGGCGUGAACGUUUCCUAGAGCUGGGCAAACAGCUGGGGUAUGGCGACGUGCGGCCGUUCAUCUGGCCACCGCCGCCAGUCAAGAACAACCCGACUGUACAGGUCAAGCGCACGCACACGCCGGUACCGAAUGGCGAGAUGGAGCAAAUCCUGCAAGGCCUCGCGCAGAUGAACCUGCAGGCAUCGGUCAACGCUCCGAUAGAGCCGACACCAGCGCCAGCGCCUGCACCAGCGCCAACUCCAGUCGCGGCCCCAGUACCUCCUCCCGCCGCUGUACCCGCGCCUGCACCACCGCCUGCCCAAGCAGAUGCCACACCUCCCGCUCAACCCCAACCCGGCCGCCCCAUCCUCGGCCAGAAAGAUCUCAAUGCAGCCUCGCAGCGGCCACCAGGACGAUCCGCAGCGAAGAAGGCGCGCGAGGUGAUAGAGAUCAGCAGCGACUCGUCGACCGAAGUGCCCCUUCCGGCCGGCCGCAACACGAAAGCUGCACGCCUCAUGCGACUCACGAGGCAAUGCGAACUGUCCGUGGACAACAGACAGCUGGCUGGGCUCGUGCGCGAGUUCCUGGCGAUACUCGGCACGGGUACCAGUCGGACGCUUACGAAGGAGGGCUUCUCGUUCUUGGACGCUCUGUACAAACAGCUCGCGGAUCCGAGCAUCUUCAUCGUGCCGUUGCGCACGUCUCAGAGGAGGUCUGCGCGUGCGCCGGCGCCGGCUCGACAGGAAGUCACGAAUGAGGAAAGACGGAGUCGGAUGUCGAAUUUGAGGGCGAGCGUGCCGUUCGCGUUGAGCAAUAGACAGCUCGCGAGGCUCGUGGCGGACUUUGGCACGCUUACGGAUAAGGCGGGGAAGAAGCUCUCAAAGGACUCGUUUGUGUUCUUGGAGGGUGUCGGCUCACGGCUCGAGGCGUUAAGCGGGGCAACAUAG